AUGGCUAACAGCAAAGCUCGUGGGCCCGAUGAUAUCCCUGUUGAAUUGUGGAAGAAACUAGGAGGUACCGGUAUAAUGUUCCUGACAAAACUCUUCAACAGAAUUCUCAUUGACGGAAUGCCCGAUGACUGGAGAAGAAGUCUCCUGAUCCCGUUUUAUAAGAACAAGGGUGACAUCAGACUGUGUGGAAACUACAGAGCUAUAAAGCUCAUAUCACACUCCUUCAAAAUAUGGGAAAAAGUCAUUAACAGCAGACUACUCCAGCUUACCAAAGUGACUGAUAAUCAAUGUGGUUUCAUCGCAGGAAGAAUGCCCAUUCGCACCAAGGGCAGAGUAUAUAAAGCGGCAGUGCGUGCGGCCAUGACGUACGGCUCUGAAUGCUGGGCGCUGAAAAAGCACCAAGAGCAGAAACUCAAUGUCGCAGAAAUGAGAAUGCUAAGAUGGGCUGGUGGCAUAACAAUGGUGGAUCACAUCAAAAACAUCCACGUUCGAGGUAGGUUUAAGGUGACUCCCAUACAGGAGAAGAUUUUAGAGAGCCGCCUAAGGUGGUACGGUCAUGUCAUGCGGCGACCAUCAGACCACAUGACAAGAACAGUGCUUGACAUAAGUACCCAGCCCAGAAGACGCGGCAGACCCCGUCUCACAUGGAUGUCCGUUAUUGAGAGGGAUAUAAAAAGCGCCAAAAUAACAUCCUAG